CUCCUCUCUCUCUCCCCCCAUGGGUGCUCAUCAGAAUUUCUCUUCUCUUAACUGUGAAUUGAGAAUUUUAAGAGCUAAAAAUAUAGAGUUGAAGUCCACAUGCCACUUGUUUGUCAGGUGUUAUCUAUCUGCGGGAAAGAAAAGUAGAGUUCAGAUAAACAGCAGAGAAAUAUCAUCCAACUCCGACCUGUUCUGGGAUGAGUUAUUCUCGUUAGAUUGUUUUGGAACCGAAGACUCCGUGAACAUGCUCAUGCAAGGAAAGGUUGUCUUCGAGCUUCGCCGAAGAAACACAGCACCACUUUUUGGAAGAAUUGGACGGUCACAGCUCUUGGGUAAAGCUGAGAUUCCAUGGAAAAGCGUUUCCGAAGCUCCAGAAAUGGAAAUCGAGAAAUGGGUUACGAUGAUUUCGAAGAGUAGGAGUGGCCAUGAAGGUUUCAAGCCACCUGCUGUGAAGAUAGCCAUGAAAGUACAACUGUUAGCAGUUGCAGAGACUGUAAGAAGGAAGAAGAACUGUAGGUUGACGAAGUGGGAUGAGUGUGGGUGCACGGACAGUUGGUGCAACUGUGUGGAUUAUGACAUUUUUGCCCUAGGGGCUGCUUUGGAAGCCUUGGCUCUGCUCACAUCUCUCUUCUCUCCAAAUUCGGCAUCCAUUGUUCCUCUUCUCUCUCUGCUUCCCUCACUUCGGCUUGGUACUCUGUCCCUAGUAGCACACAAUCGUUGGCCACUGUCAACUUAUCAACACCACAAUCGUUGGUCACAUUAUGGAAUGGCAUUGAUUCGACGUGUUCAGCAUUCAUGGGCAAUGUGCAAUCAUAAUGUGUUUGAUGUCACAGUUUUCUUUGUGCUAAAGGAUAAUGCCUCUUGUAUGGAGAUCAAAAUGGAUAAUGAUUUUUAUGGCUAUUUUCCGGUCACUAGGGCUUUCCGAGUGGAUUCUGCAAUAGUAGGCUUUUGUUUGCCCAGAUGCUCAAAAUGGGAACUCUAG